AGGUCAAGUUCCUGUCUUUGAUGUUCUUAGGUGCUCAAGCAACAGUAUUAACACAUGGCUUCUUCUUUCCGAGCAUUUUUGAACAGUCCUGUUGGUCCAAAAACUUCACAUUUUUGGGGACCUGUUGCCAAUUGGGGGUUCGUGGCUGCCGGGUUGGUGGACAUGAAUAAACCUCCAGAAAUGAUCUCUGGCAACUUGACAGGAGUGAUGUGUGUCUAUUCAGUAUUGUUCAUGAGAUUUGCAUGGAUGGUACAACCACGAAACUAUUUACUUCUUUCUUGCCAUGCCUCCAAUGAGGUUGUACAAUUAUGUCAACUCUCUCGUUGGGCAAAGGGGAAUGGGUACCUCUCUGAGAAGAAGGAUAAAGCUUCAUCCAAGUAACUUGAUGCU